GAGACGCUUAUUAGCGUGACUUGCUUUUGAAGCAAAAGUCAUGCAUUUCCUGCUCUUUAAUAACUUUUGAGCCUGUCGUUUUAUGUGACCAGAUCUGAAGAGGCUCCAAGCCUCAAAGGUGAUUUUGAAAAUUAGUACCUGGGUAGGGGCCUUGUUUGGGAAAGUUUGUCCCAUGAGGUUAUGGAAAACCGAUUCUAUGUGCUGGAGAAAACAUUGACAGGUCCCUCAACCUUGGGAAAUGCUCUGUCCAGCCUUGAACCAUUUAUCCACAGAGCGCUUAACGUUGCUCUUAUUACACUGUCAUCUGUUUGUUUGUGUUUUUUUUUUUUGUGAUGUAGUUGUGGUACAUUUGUCUAGAAGGUGCUUAAUUCCUGCUAUUUUAAACCAGAAUUUUUACACCAGUGUGUUAAUUUGACUUGCAUAGAAAUAUCCCAAAUAAACUCUGUUGAGUGUGAUUUUGACCAGUGAUUCGGUGAUGUGCAUAUUUAGGAAAUGCUAAAGAUCAGUGUUCUGUGUGUUGGCUAAAUCUUGGACUGAAUUUCAGGCUAAUUCUGUACGUAGUGAAAUGCCUGAGUUCGCAUGGAAAAAUUUGCCAUCAGUUUUCAGCAUGCCCAUCCAUGUAUUUUUGAACAGAAUCAUGGAAGAAGGUAUCAAGUAGAUUUUACUGCCAGCUGUAACCACUGCUUUGUGUUGCAAUAACUUCUUGAGUAAGUGAUUUGGAGAAUAAACUCUUGGGGAUAGAAACGUGGUAAUUGGACUUUUCCUGGUGUGGAGUAAGCAAAUAAACAGUCAGUGUUGUAGUCGUAUUACAUGUAGCAAAGAAAGAUGCGCAAUGGGUUGUCUCAAUCUUUUGCUGUGCUUGAACCAGAAGGAUGUUGCUGAGCUUGUUUGUUAGGUGCUUGGAGCUACAUACCAGUCAAGCUGCAACAAAGUAAGAUGGCACAAAGCCAUAAAUGAUUGUAGAGUUUCUUUCAGUGCUUUGUUCUCUUGAACUACUGAGAAUAGUUGCCUCUUGUGCCAGGCAGCUCGGUGGGAGCUGGUACCUGAACCCUGAGAUGGAUGUGCUGUUCAACCAGCAGAGUACAAAACCAGAUAACCAGAUUUCCAGUUCAUGGAGGCCAAACCAGAAAUGGAAGUGAAACAGGCUUAUAUAUCUGUUCUACUUCUUACCUGCUUGUUUCUUGUUGAUGAUGCAGAGGUCCUCUUAUACUUCAGUCAUGCCAAUUUUUAGUACUUUAAUGAUUCUUAAGUGAGAUCUUUUGCAAAGGUAAAACACUUUAUAAAAAAUAACUCAUUUCAUACAUCUCAAGUUAUUCUUUAUUUGCAUGGAAAACAUUUUCCUUCUCGGUUCACAUUUAGAAAUACUCUGUCAGUCUCCUCAGCAACCACAUGUGAUGUCACAGGCUAAUGACUCAAGGAUGAAGGAAGUGUGAAAGAAAUUCCUAUUACACACCAUGUGAAAGAAGGCUGUGAGAAAGCAGAUCCAGCACAGUUUGAACUCCUUAAGGUUCUUGGACAGGGAUCAUUUGGAAAGGUCUUCCUUGUACGGAAAAUAAUUGGCCCUGAUGCUGGGCAACUUUAUGCAAUGAAAGUAUUGAAAAAAGCUUCUUUAAAAGUUCGGGAUAGAGUUCGUACAAAAAUGGAGAGAGAUAUAUUAGUAGAAGUAAAUCAUCCAUUUAUCGUCAAACUGCACUAUGCCUUUCAGACUGAAGGGAAGCUAUAUUUAAUAUUGGAUUUUCUCAGGGGAGGAGAUGUAUUCACACGAUUAUCCAAAGAGGUUAUGUUUACAGAGGAAGAUGUGAAAUUCUACCUCGCAGAACUGGCCCUUGCUUUGGAUCACCUUCACAGCUUGGGAAUUGUAUACAGGGACCUGAAGCCAGAAAACAUUUUGCUUGAUGAAGCAGGACAUAUCAAGUUAACAGACUUUGGACUCAGCAAAGAAUCAGUAGAUCAAGAGAAGAAGGCCUAUUCUUUCUGUGGUACUGUAGAAUACAUGGCACCUGAAGUGGUAAACAGGCGAGGGCACAACCAGAGUGCUGACUGGUGGUCCUUUGGUGUUCUCAUGUUUGAAAUGCUUACUGGUACACUACCAUUUCAAGGUAAAGAUCGAAAUGAAACUAUGAAUAUGAUACUCAAAGCAAAACUUGGAAUGCCUCAGUUCCUCAGCCCUGAAGCACAAAGUCUUCUGAGGAUGUUGUUUAAAAGGAACCCAUCAAAUAGAUUAGGAGCUGGUUCAGAUGGAGUUGAAGAAAUUAAGAGACAUCCUUUUUUUUCUACUGUUGACUGGAAUAAACUGUUCAGAAGAGAAAUUCAACCUCCAUUUAAACCUGCUUCUGGAAAGCCAGAAGAUACCUUCUGUUUUGAUCCAGAAUUCACAGCAAAAACACCAAAAGAUUCUCCAGGAGUCCCACCUAGUGCGAAUGCACAUCAGCUCUUCAAAGGAUUUAGUUUUGUGGCAACUACUACUGUGGAAGAUCAUAAAAUAUCACCACUCACCAAUAUACUGCCAAUAGUACAGCAGCUUCAUGGAAACGGCGCACAAUUUACUGAUGUAUAUGAGCUGAAGGAAGAUAUUGGUGUUGGUUCCUACUCUGUUUGCAAGCGAUGUAUCCACAUAGCUACGAAUAUGGAGUUUGCUGUGAAGAUAAUUGAUAAAAGUAAGAGGGACCCCUCAGAAGAAAUUGAGAUUCUCAUGCGUUAUGGACAACAUCCAAAUAUUAUUACUUUAAAGGAUGUGUAUGAUGAUGGUAGGUUCAUAUACCUUGUCACAGAGUUGAUGAAAGGAGGAGAGCUGCUUGAUCGAAUUCUCAGACAGAAGUUCUUCUCUGAACGAGAGGCUAGCGCUGUAUUAUACACUAUAGCCAAGACUGUGGACUACCUGCACUGCCAAGGAGUAGUGCACCGAGACCUUAAACCUAGUAAUAUUUUAUAUACGGAUGAUUCAAAUAAUGCUGAUUCUAUCAGGAUUUGUGAUUUUGGAUUUGCAAAACAACUUCGAGGAGAAAAUGGACUACUUCUGACUCCAUGCUACACUGCCAACUUUGUGGCGCCAGAGGUUCUCAUGAGACAGGGAUAUGAUGCUGCCUGUGACAUAUGGAGCUUGGGUGUUCUUCUUUACACAAUGUUGGCAGGCUAUACUCCAUUCGCCAAUGGUCCUAAUGAUACUCCAGAGGAGAUCCUGGUACGGAUAGGCAGUGGAAAAUUUUCCUUAAGUGGAGGCAACUGGGACACAGUUUCAGAUGCAGCAAAGGACUUGUUAUCACAUAUGCUUCACGUAGAUCCACAUCAGCGGUAUACAGCAGAGCAAGUAUUGAAACAUUCAUGGAUAGCCUGUAGAGACCAGUUGCCACAUUAUCAGCUAAACAGGCAAGAUGCACCACAUCUAGUAAAGGGAGCCAUGGCUGCUACAUAUUCUGCACUGAAUCACAAGACAUUUCAGCCAGUGUUAGAGCCUGUUGCAGCCUCCAGUUUAGCUCAGCGACGGAGCAUGAAAAAGCUAACAUCAACAGACUUAUAGAUCCACUGGGACACCUUAGCAAACAGAAGCAAGGGGAAAAUCCAAUAAGUGGCUCUAUUUUGCCUGACCUGUGAUCAAAAAAGGCAUCUAUGGUUUCCUGCUACACUACUUGAAUUCUGUAAAAGUCCUUUUUUUAAAAAGAAAAAAAAAAAAAGAAAUCCACAGGUUCAUACUGUGUUGUUUUACAGGCCGUAUCUGUUAAAUUAAUUUAAACAUCAGGUACACCAUGAUGAAUUUCUCUACACUGUCCUUUAAGAGAUCUGUUGCAAAUAUUCUUUCACGUUCUGUAUAGUUUUGCUGGGUUCAUUUAAAAAAUGGUUUAGGGGACCGUUGCCAAUGACCAAGUUGUACAUAAAGUGUCAGUGUAAGUUUUCUUCUCUUCACACCGUUAGACCCUGUUGUGAAGGACAAAUUCUUUGUAAUUGGGCACUUACUCAUUUAACUUAAUUAACUUGUUCACUGCUAUUACAAAAAGCUGACUAAUGUAUCGUGCCAGUGUUAAAUGCAUUAGUGUUAAUUUGGAGGGUCUGUUUUUGCAUGGUGCCAGUAACUGAUAAGUUUAUGUGAAAAUACAAACAAAAGGGAUGUGUAAGAUUCUGCACUUUUACCCAUAAGCUUAAUUGGAUCACUUGUGACCCAAACGAAGUGGGGGUUAACAAAUGGCCUCUUACAGGAAAAUUAACAUUUCUAGUUGUUACUAUGAAUGGUAGUGUGUCCUGCACUGAGCUGGAGAAAGUAAGUAUGUGUAUAAACUGCCAGAAUUAAGGAUCUCAGUAACAUUGGUACCGCUUUAAGACAUCAUUCAAUCCGAUGCUUUUAUUUAUUUUGUCUAUCCAUUAGUACAACGACUAUAUUACUGUUUCCUUGGCAGUUGUUUCCACUGAAUAUACACAAUAUAAAGUUUGUUUGGUAUAUAAGACAAACUGACACUUUAUUCUAACAAACUUGGCACAUGGAUUUUAUUUUUUAUUUAUUUGAUUUUUAUAGGACAUUGCUUCUAUCUGAAUCUCUUGCCGCAUGUACAAAUAUUACAGGACAUAAAUGCAAAAUUCUAAUUGCCUAACUGUAGGGGUAGCUCGGGAAAAUAAAUAAGCCUUGCAGUGUGCCCAGGUAAGGGAAUUCUCACCAAGACAUUUCACAGUUAUGGACAAGUUAUUGACCAUAUCCUGUCGCCAGCAGUUCUUCACCCUCUCUGUCUUGAUGUUAGAACUUCAGCUGUUUCUGGGUGCUGUGAUGUGAAGGAAAUGAAUUUCAGGGCCAGAAUUAUCUUGGGGUUUUCUGCCUCGAAAUCAGUGCUAACUGCUUUUAGACUGGGAACGAGUGCAUUCAAUGAUGAUGAGCUUAAAAGUAUUUUCAAAAGUUGUAGCCACUACUGUGCAGUUGUAGUGUCACGGUAGAAUGGGACACAUUUUAGAUACUAAGUAUGUGUGACCACAGUUAGACUAUGAGCAGAGAAUCCAAGUGACCAAAAAAUCAAAUGUAGUUCAGACUGCUUUGCCAUCAUUGAAUUUCGUGUCCCAAGUACCUUUGGUAGCCAAUUACAAGACACCAGUGAUGGCAGAACUUGGCAUCCUGAGACAGGAAAAAAAUAGCUUUCAGGAGAGUUCUGGCCCUACUGUCCAGAGUGGGAGUAGUAACUUGGAUCUUAAAAGGCAGAGGGUGCUGGCUGGUUUUUGCUUGUACCUGUGAAGUACUUGGUGACAUUGGAAGUACUAUUAGAUAAACUGCUUUCUUCUGUUGUGGUGGGGGAAGAUGGAAGUUAUCUGGCCAAAUAGUUAGGUAAGAAUAUGUGUAGAUUUGAGACUUAAUGAAUAUAGCAAACAUAGGUGUGCUAUUUGUAUCAUGCAGAACAUACCCCAUACUAAAUUUCUUGAGUGUUUGAUAGAUGUUGGAAGCUUUAGGGGCCAUUUGUGCCUAGUUUUGAGGUGCCUGUUUGAAAUGCUUGAAAGCUUAUCAAAGAGCACAACUGCUGCCUGGAAAGCUUAUUGUUUAGUACAAAAUCUGCCCCUUAUGCAGCUGGUUCAUCCUUCUACUCAUUACUGAAGACCUUUGGCAGCAGGAAUGCCUGUAAGCCUCUUCAGGCUAUUGGUAUAAAUUUUUUUGUAAAUUCACAAUUGACUGCCAGAAGAAUAUGGAUUCACUCUAACAAAAAAAAAGGACAAAACACAAUAAAGUGGUGGAAAUAAAGCCCCCUGAGCUGAGGCCAAGGUAUAGUGUGGGUUGAAUUGUAGUAGUAAAAACUGUUAGGGAUAGAGGGUAAUGCAAGGUGCAGAACACAACUAAAAUGUCAAACCUGAGCUGUCUUCACCUUUCCCAUAAGGCAGCAGCUGGUCUUUAAUGGCUUUAUUCAUGAAUCAUUUAACAGUGUUUAUAUUGGUAUUUUCUUUUAGCUUACUUAGAAGCACCGCAUUAUAAGCACCUUAAAAGCAUUUUGCACAAAAGGAGUUGUAAGCAGCUGAAGGUACGCAAGUUCUUGGUGUGCAACAGACAGGUGUAAGAGGAAAAGUACACAAACAAGAUGGAUGUUCUCUAUUCCUAGCAAAGAAUUUAAAGCAUCUUCUAUAAAGUAGUCCCUGCUGUUUUUCUGUCAUUACUAGCCUUUAGUGCAGGUGGUACUCCUGGGGUGAAAGCAAGGUUUCAGUGACUGCAGCAUUACAAAGUUGUCUCAUCACAAGGCAAAUAUGUAGAAAAACACUUUUGUUCUAUCUGACAGACCAGUGUACCCUGGUAUUCCAGUUGUAAUUGUUAAUUGGAGGGGGAAGUUCACUUGCUAUGAAUAAUUCAGCAUAUCAGUUUUUGAAACAUUUUGGAUAUGCAGGGAUGCAAAAGAGUUCCCUUGCAGUUUACUGAGCGCCGUAGUAUUUAAUGAUCCUCUCCUGUGUGAUACUUCUUUUUUUUAAUUUCUUGCAUACCUCUCAAACUUUUUUUUUUUUCCCAAACAUGGGUUUUGUUCAGCUAAGUAAUUGUAUAAAAGUAGCUUGGUCUGCAUUAUCACUUCAAUGUUCAAAUUCAGUGUUCUUUCAAUUCAAACAUGCUCUUGGCUAGAGGAAGAGGUUAGCGUAAAUUGUUUCCUUUUUGUAUCAUCUCUGCACUGUUCAAGAUUACAAAGUAGUUACAGUCUUUCUUACUGAUUUACUUUUUAAAAAGAAAAAGUAUGGUUUUUUUUUAAUAAAGAUUUGCCAUUACAAAGAAAUGGCCAUAUAUAUUAAGUAUUCAAAGGGAUUUCCAGAGAACUAAGUAUUCAGUGAUAUAAUGCUUUGUCUGUUACUGACAGCAAAAGAGCUUCUGCUCUGAUGUUUGGUGAUGGCAAUUAUAAAUAAAUGCUAGUUCUCAAGAGCAUGUAGAGCCUGAUAAGUUCUCUCUGAAGAGAGAUUUCUAGAUACAUCAGCUAUAGCUGGAGCAGGCUUAUGACAUACUGUGCUGUUCUUUCACCUCUCGGAUAUCGUGGUUUCUGUCUUCAUUUAUCCUUUUGAUUAAAAAGUGGGGAACUCUUUUGUAUUCCUGUUACGUAUCCAAAUUCUAUGCAGUGGCAUCAAUGUCAGCCAGUGGUGUGUAACAAAGAGAGCCUAUACUCAUUGCCACAAGGGGUUCAUUUAAGCCACUCCUUUGUGGCUUGUGUUGUCUCAAUGCUGUUACCAUAUUGUGUGGGGCUUCUUUUCUACUAUGCUUAUAACUGGUAUAUUUACUUUGACCGUGUGAAGAGCCUGAGGUGUAUGGGGUCUAAGGGAUAGGGACCGUUUGAGACCUGUCUUGUAGUGUGAUUUAAACGUUUUCCUUGCAUCCAGAGAAGGCAUCCAAAACCUGACCCAAGUGAGUCGUGUUAAGCUUGAAUUCCAUCUUCCAUGGUUUAAUUCAUUUUUCCAAAGCUGAUCUUUAUAUGUCCAACAGUUAAAAUUAUCUGUAGCAGUCCUGAACAGCUAGAAGUUACUUGCAGUAUACUUACAAACUGGCCAUUUUGCAGUGAUAGAUUUCUGCAUCCAGUGCUUUGCACUCUGUCCUCAAAUUUUGCAGUUAAAAAGUUGGGAUAGCUUGUAAGAAUUGAGCUAAAAGAAUUACACAAUUCUGUAGUAAGUAUCCUGACUUGUAUCAAUGAAAUCAGGCUCAAACAUCAAUGCAGACAUGGGGAUUUAUGUGUUUCUGUAGCACUUACGUGGUUUUCUUUAGGCCUGUCCAGAAUGAGAAGUUCACACGUAUCUGUGGGAGGGAAGGGAGGAGCAGAUUUUUCUCUCUCAAAGUUUUCAGAAGGCUGUGAUAAAAGCCCAUAUAUAAUCUUAUGGGAGCUCUAGGUGAUGAAAAAGUAAAAGAUCUCCUUGAAAGUUCAUCCUAAAGCUUUCUUGGGUGUGUGUUGAUACCUGUUGUUAGCAUGCCUGCGCUGUCGUUCAUACCGUACCAUCCUUUUGCAUUAACACCCAUGUAGUUAAGAAUGCUGUUUGUCAGUGUGCUUUUUAAAACUUUAUUCCCCCAAAUUAUGUUAGUGUUAAGCCUACAUUUUCUUUUGGGAUUAGAAGAAUGAAUACAGAUUUUAAACCCCCUACUCUUAAUAUAUAGAUAAAGCUGACUUGAAUUACCAUAAUUUAUGUCAUUAGGAGUGUCCCCCCCAAAUAAUCGGUGACUGGUUUUCUUGAGAUUUUUCCUGUGUAAUGAAAGCAAACUUUCUUUGAAAGCUUUAAAAGAUACUUAAUAGAUUAUGUAUCUUCAGUAAGAUUUGGGCAGUUGCUUAUUCCCAGUAGUAAGUUUGAAUAACAUUGAAUCUUCUUUUGGGUUCUUUGUUGGUUGGGUUUUUUUUCUCAUGUGAGAACUGAAAAGAUGCUCAAGGUGGAUCUCCUUUGCAGGACAAAGUGUUCCUAUUUUGUGUGGUUUGCAUUAGGCUUAUGAGCAGCGUUUGCAUUGUCAUAAUAUCCCAAGCACUUUGGCAUCUUGCACUGAUACUCCGAUUAGAGCUAAAAGUCUUCUGGCACGUGACUGGCUAUAAAUCUCAGUAUACGAAAGGGCAUUAAUUGAAGACGGUGUGCAAUGAAUUACAUGCUCUCUGAGGUACUUCAAAGAUGAAACUAUACAAAAAGGUCCCCGUUAUCAGAUAUUGUAACUGUCAUUUCUUUCUCUGAGCAUAUUGUGGAUUUUGUAUCAUACUGUAUUUAUUUCAUUUAAUUUUAAAAACAAAUGUUUUCUUUAAAGCUCUGUAUAUAUUGACAUUAAAGUUUGCAUUGUACUAC